UGAGUUCCCACGAUGAGAUAGUGGAGGGCACUUCAGUCAAUCUGACCUGUAGCAGUGAUGCUAACCCAGCAGCUAAUUACACCUGGUACAAGGCGGAUGGACCUCUAAACCCUAAUCACACAUAUCCAGGAGCUACGCUUGUCUUCAGCUCCAUCGAGUCCUCUGACUUUGGGGAGUUUUACUGUGAAGCUGAGAACACGCUGGGGAGAACGACCUCCAAACGCAUCUCUGUCAACCUAACAUGGAACUCACUAAAAAUCAUCACCAGGUGGACUCUGCUGCUCCUCUUGUUGAGUCCUCUGAUUCCCCUGACUCUGUGGCUGAGGUGGAAGAAAACUGUGAACUCCACCACUGAACCAGACGAACCUGCAGAGAUGAUCGAGUUAAAUGUCGUGUAUGAGAACGUGUCGGCCGUCACUGCAGCACAGACAGAAGCUGGAGAAGGAGAUGAAUGACGAGACGAGACGAGAGGAGACGAGAGGAGACGAGAG